GCAUUUCUUGUUCUUUCCGAUCAGCCGAGCAUCCAGUUGCAAUAUCUGGGUAGUAUGUUCGAGAUAUUGUUCGAGGAUCAAAUCGAUAAGUGCAAAGUAGACUACUGCCCGCGUUCAUUCUCGCGCGUGAUCUAUCUUUGUGUUACCGAACGCCAGCUUGUCUUCAUAGGAUUGCAGGGCUGAGUCGUGGAAUGCGGUUCGUUCGAAAACCGAUCAGAUUUUGUUCAAAAAAGCAGGUCGAUCAGAUAUAUUUUUCCGCUGGGUCAUCUCAUCAUCCCGAAUUACAGCGACACAUUUGAAGACUUCUUUCGCGUCCAACUACAAGGGGAAGGCCGGUGGUUAUUUUUGCCGGUGGUUAUGUUCGCAAGUUGAAGUUCGUAGGGGUAGGAUUAAACGUAUUUUGCUUUUCUUUUUUCGCUAUGCUGAGACGUGAAAAUUGUAGCUGCAGCACCGAAAGUGAAUGAUUAGUAAGUUACAAAAUGGAUUACUCCUCUUCCUCCGAUGAGGGUGAUGCGGGCGCCGGCAAGAGCCCAGCUUCGCCAAAACCGCCGGUCGCGAAACCGAAACUUUCGCUCGGGAAACUGAACGUCUCCCAGUUUCAAACGAAAGGUGGAAGUAGCGGGAGCAGCAGCAUAGCAAAAACGAUAGUCGCCCCGGGAGCUGCCGUGUCAAAAGCGUCUAAUGCAGGGGUUUUGGCGACGGGUACGAGUGGUGCGACGACGGGCAGUCUGAAGCGACCGCGGGAGCCUACCCAGGACCACACCACGCAUCGAAGUGACGCGGUACUAGGGCCCACGGUCGGAGAAGCGACAUCAAAUAAGCGACCGGCCGCUCCUGUUCCGCGGGGAAGCAUGCUCCUGCCACAGAUACCAAAGGUGAGACGCGAAACGCAAGUCAAUAUUGACCGUAUCGCGGACCGUGCCUUUGAGGGCGCGGCUGCAAAAGUUGCGAAACAACCAGCCAAGACGUGAGUCGAGUAAAUUAUUGUCAGACGAAACAAAACAACUCUCCCAUAGGAGACAGACUGCUCUUAUCGUUUCUGCUUGCUCUUUGUCAGCAGCAGACAGAAAAACAGAAUCGCGAUUAAUGUGAUUACCGGGAAGCGCAAAUAAGAGCAAU